AUGUAUUCACAAAAGGAAUACAAGCCAGUAUAUGGGUCUUUUACUAACAGGGAAGACAUCGAUGCAAUAAUAACGAAUACUAAAAUAUUAACACCAAAAAAAGUUCCUUACACCAUAGGAUGCCCACCGCUUAAAAGAGGUAAUAGUGUUUUUGUCUAUUUAAAGCCAUUAUUAGAUCUAGAUUUUAGUCAACUUAUGUCACAUCAAAUGUUUUUGGGACUAGGUGGUAAAAGAAUGGCUUCAUCCAAACCACAAAACUGUGAUACGGAAAGUCAAUCAAUACAUUAUCCUGAAGUAUCAAACAUCAAAAAUUCAUUAUUAAUGUCACAGGCAUCUUCGACAACUAUUAUACCCACUGCUAGUCGAUCGGUUGAUCCUGUUAAUACAUCAAUAACGGCACCUGAUCCGUCAACAAUUACGCAGCCUUUUACAUGUAACCAAUCCUCGAAUGAAAAGAACCUAAUAACAUCAUCAACAAAUAUAUUAAAUGUACAUCACCCCUCAUCAUCUGGUAAAAACAUACGGACAACUUCAGAAUUAACAAUUUCGGAUGAUAAAUCAUCACAAUUUUCAUCAUCCGAGAAUUCAAUUCCAAUUUCCCCUCAAAAAGAGAGUAAUGUACCAAAGAACAUUUUCAGUUUUAAUGAUGGAAGGAGCAUGCAAUUGAUAUCACAGAAUAAAUCAAUGCAAAACGAUGCUCUCGAUAUUCCAUCAGAAUUAGAUACUCCCAAACGUCAUCAUUCGACAAAUAGUAAUGGAUUCCCACCGCUUGCUAACUCAAAUGCAAAUACUGGACAUUCUGUCAAGCCUGCAUCGAAUUGUAAUCAUCAGACCAUUCAAAUAAAUGGUCAGACUAUAGAUGAACCAUCACAGAUUACGGCAUCUGUUACAAAUAACAACCAGCUCGCUAAAAAUACGAGCAAUGGCGCAUCGACAAAUAAACAAAUGAGAUGGGCGGAUCUAUUUAACAAAAAUGACGAAGCACCAACUGUUACAUCGUCAGCCGCUCCUAAGCCAACUUUAGUUAAGCCACCACCUUCUAGCAAACAAGAAAAACCGACUACUCCUUUACCGAAUGGAAAACCCGCCGCGGGUGGGUUAGCAGGAGUUCUGUCAAACUUUGAGCUGUCAUUACAAAGGGCCGCCAUUCAGCCACGUGGCCUGGUUAAUAACGGUAAUAUGUGCUUCAUGAAUGCGAUUCUUCAAACGCUUUCUCACUGCCCUCCAUUCUAUAAUCUGUUGGCACGUAUUAAGAAGGAAGUUACACACAGUUUCAAAGGCAAAACACCGCUUGUCGAUUCAUUGUUAGUAUAG